CCCUAUCCGACAAGUGUGUGCUAAGAAGUGUCUCACCUUCCCGACUGUGCUCAUUACCAAGGAAGACGCCGGUGUACUAACUACACUCCGAGGCAUCUCAGGACAUUACUGCAACCUCUAUUGGUCCGAAGUCUCCCGGUCCGCCGCGUACAACGAGGCACACUGAAGAGCCUACCGGAGAAUUACUGAGGAAAACCUUGUGGAUAUUCAGGACAGGAGUUUGGAGUUUUACCUCUGUUUGGGUUUAUUUUACAUUCCAAAGCUGGGGGAACAUACUGGAACACAACACACUUUAACGCGAAGCUUUAAAGUUCUCGCCAAGAUAGUUGGUUAUCGGAUGGACCAGCACCCCAGCGCCCGGAGCUGCACCAGCCGCGGGGCUUCGUCCUGCGAGGCCGUCCCGACUGAGCCCUCCAUGAAUCUGUACAUCCACUCCACCACCGGCACACGCUUCGAACUGUCCCUGCCCCAGGAGGAGACCGUGGAUGGACUGAAGAGGAGGCUGUCGCAAAGACUCAAAGUACCAAGAGAGAGACUCGCUCUGCUGCACAAAGAAACGCGACUAAGUUCAGGCAAACUCCAGGAUCUAGGUAUCUCUGAUGGGAGCAAGUUAACACUUGUACCAACCGUCGAAGCAGGAUUAAUGUCUCAAGCAUCAAGACCCGAACAGUCCGUAAUGCAAGCCCUGGAGAGUCUAACUGAAACUCAGGUCAGUGACUUCCUGUCCGGCCGCUCCCCCCUCACCCUGGCGCUACGUGUCGGCGAUCACAUGAUGUUCGUGCAGCUCCAGUUGGCGGCGCAGCAGUCCGGCGGCCCCCAGCUCCAGCACAGACACGUCAUCACCCGGGGCAACGCCGACACCGCCGCGAUGGGACAGCCCACCGGGCAGCCUCCCCCAACAUCCCCAACAGCCCCAAUAUCCCCAACAGCCCCAACAUCCCCAACACCAACAGUCCCAACAUCCCCAACAGCCCAAACAGCCCAAACAGCCCCAACAUCGCAAACACUCCACAGCCCCAGCGGCAGCGGCAGCGGCAGCGGCAGCAGUCCCUCAACACGCUCCCGUAAACCGGGCGCCAUCAUUGAGAGCUUUGUCAACCACGCUCCCGGAGUCUUCUCAGGGACCUUUUCAGGCACUUUGCACCCUAACUGCCAGGACAGCACUGGGCGUCCCAGACGAGAUAUUGGUACCAUCCUGCAGAUCCUCAACGACCUCCUGAGCGCCACGCGCCACUACCAGGGCAUGCCCCCCUCCCUCACCCAGCUCCGCUACCAGACCGGGUGUGGUUCGCCCACCACACCCUCCCCCUCACCGCCUCCUUCCCCCCAGGUUGCUGGCAUGACCGGCCUCUCUGCCAAAGCUACCUCUGUGCCCGCCAGCAUCCCCAUCAGCCCUCCUGCUACUCUUCAUCCGCUGGUGCAGUGCCAGAGCCAGAUCCGCAUGUGCAAACCCCCUGGUGACCGUAUUCGUCAGACUGAGAAUCGCGCAACUCGCUGCAAGGUGGAGCGCCUGCAGCUGUUGAUGCAGCAGAAGCGCCUGCGCAGGAAGGCCAGGCGGGACCAGCGCGCGCCGUAUCAGUGGCUGCCCAACCGGAAGGCGGGACGCAGCAACAGCAACAGCAGCAUCUCCAGCGAGGACUCCAUGGACCUGGACUUUGACGACUCCGUGUGGAAGCCCGACGUAAAAGCCGACUUGAAGACUGAGUUCGUCAUGGCCUGAAAAGCGUCUGAUCCCACACGCUGUGGAAAAGAUUCGCAAAGCAUUGCUUGGGAUUUACUUAGAGAUAUAUUUUGAUGGAUUGGAUUGGCAGGAGGUGCCACAGAACUGUGCGGAAAGCUGGCGUCAGAUGAAAUACAAAGCUCCCUGCGUACUUUAAUCCCAUCCGGUCCUUCACAGUUGACCACAAGAGAACUUUCUUUUGAUUCGUGGAUUUGGACAGGCAACUACCGGACUUAACAGUGUACAAGACUUUUUAAGGUGUGAUUACAGACCAUAUCUGUACUUGAGCAUAGCAGAAUUCAGUGGGUGGUGGUGGUGGUGGUGGUUUUAGGUGGGGGUAUUUUUCUGAUUUUUGUUUCUACGUUUUGUUUUUGAAGCGCACUCUGGACAGCAAUGAAGAGAUCCACACUGGACUAACUAACAGGAGCACCGGAGGCCUCAGUGUUUCCUCCAUGGCAGAACUGCCAAACUAUGGACUGUUCCAACGGGCAUUCUUAUUGAUCUCAAAACUCACCAACCAGAGUCUACUUUUUACCUGUUAUGGGGUGGUUAAACCUUCUUUUUUUUUCAUUUUGAAACAUAUUAUUAUAUUUUAUAAACAAAAAAUAUGUAGCAUUGUUCACAAAGCAUUCAGGUUUUCAUAUAACAGUUCAAAGUAGUUGUUGAUUUGCACAUUUUCUUGAUUUAUAACAGCUGGUCAAAGUGUGCAAGGAGGAGGAGGUGGGGCCUGAAAUCGAUAAAAGAAAUGAAUAUGGAAGUAUUGAUAUCAACCUCAGUGACAUAGGGUAUCGAUAGGAAUGAUUAAUGAGUAAACUAAAUAAAUUAAUAUUAACAGAAAGUGCUUUAGAGGAUUUAAAAAUCUUUAAAAUGUAUAUGGAAAAAAAUCUAUUUUUUAUUUCUCCUAUCUGCUGUUUUCAAAAAACAGCAGCCCUUUGUGGCUUUAGUCAAGUUGUUGAAUUGCCAACAAAUACAUUAAUUUAAUCAUUCAUUAGCUCAUUCACAAAUUAUAGUCGUCUACUUAGAACAAAUUAUACUGAAAGAUACAUUUCAUCCAGCCCACUUUGUGUCUUACAGACCUGAAUGGACUUGUUGAUGGUUUGUAACUGUUUGUGUACAUAAAUGUGACAAUUGGCAAAGGUUUAUGAGGGUGUGUGUGUACGUGUGACUUUAGUGUAAAUUGAUUUAGAAUACCCUAUGUUUUUGUCCAAGUUGUCCUCCCCAUAGUUUCUCAAAAUCAAAGAUCAGCUGCGGUGAAUGCAUUGGUCACUAAUUUAAAUCCCGAAACAUCAAAUUCUGUUGCUGUACCGCAAGUCCUCAUAAUAUCUUUUCAUUGGCAAAAGAGGGAAAAGAAGUGGGCUCUGUAUCCAGCAUCAUGAUCUAGUGCCUCCACCAGUUCAUCUGUUAACAUAUCAGGUUAGGCCUUUCACAAUUCUGCUGCUACACAUUAGGACUUCAGAUGAAAAAAAGGAAAAAGUGACUUUUAUUUGCAUGCAGUGUGAUCUUUUUUCUAUUGAUGGAAGAAAAAAAAUACUGGUGCUGUGGGAAUGAAGGUUAACAACAUGCAUGAAAUUGUGAAGAAAAAUAAACAAUGCUGCUUUUGUUGGUUAGGUUUUUGUAAUUUUCAAUUUUUCAAUGUUAGAGCAACAGUGUCCUGCUUAAGUAUUACAAACGCAAAACCAAAACAGAUGAAGUUAAGUGUGGACUCGCAUCUUGCUCAGCACUGAACAUUCCUGUUGUGAGACAAUGAAGAUGAUUUUCAUGAGCAAAGAGCAGCUGACUCUUUCCCCACUCCCUGAGCGCUGGUUUUACCCCCCAUGACUCUCAAGGACCCAGACAAACUUUCUAGCCACCUCCCCCCCCUCCUCCCAAACUGAACGCCAACCGAGGCUCGUGUGGACGUUCUCUGGCAGGGAACUAACAGACCAGCGGAUUCUCAGUACUGUCCGUCAAAACCCCAGAGAAACAUCCGGUCUGUCUCUUUGUCUGUCUGUCUGAUCGAUGGACCACCCUACCACAAUUGCACUCCCACAGAUUGCAGUGAGAGAUUACCUUUUUGGUGAACCUCAACUUUUUUUUUAAGUGGCCUUACCUUUCACUAAAAAAAUGAGACACUUGGGGACAAUGGGGGCGGGAAUGUUUUUUCUUUUUGGUUUUUAAACUUUCUGUGUGCAUCAUUGUCGGACUUGUUGUCAUCAAGGCGCCAUUUUUGUCACUGAGGACACUGGGCAUCUGUUGUUUAGUGCUUUUAGCUGGUGGAGUCUCUAUUAUGUCAAGGCUUCUGUGCCUUAAAAUGUUGCCCUUGCUGUGUCAGUGUCAGAUUUAAGCUUGUUUUCAUUGGUUGGUACACAGGACUGUAGUAUUCACAGCCAUGAGAGUUGUAGAUUUAAGGGGUAAAGCUUGUUUGAGUGAAACAAAAACGAUUCAAAAGUUGGUGUUGUUCCUCAAACAUGGCCUUCAUCCCAUUUCCUCAUUGUGUUGCCAUGCUUGUUGGUCUCCGUUGUCCUAACCUCACAUCCCUCUAUACUCAGUCCUCUCAUCAACAAGCUGCAAAAGGCUACAAAUCUGUUUAACUUUUGUUAACUGAGGAAGUUUACACCACAGUACUUAGAUGGCAGGAAACAACCCUGAAUAAGAAAAGUCCUCUGAGGACUCCAGACUACAUGCACUUCCUGUUUCCUAGGAUACAACAUUAUUAAAAGGACAAUUUAUCCCUUGCCCCUCCCAAAUUUUAUUUAAGUUUGUUUUGCAUAUGUAUGAAAUAUAGUCUGUGUGUGCCUCACUUCUGUGUGAAACUCAAAAAGAUGAAACAAAACAAAAAAGCAUACAGAGAGGAUAAAAAACAGUAUGUUGGUGGAAUUCUGAUCACGUCAUUUGAGUUGCCUGUUCUUUCUUGUAGCCAACUAUUGAAAAUAACAGGAUCCAAGAAUACAAUUUACAAUGUUCUAGCUCUAGACCGGUGUAGCACAUGUGUGACUGUAUUAAUUUAUGAAACCAAAAUGGUAACUGUGAAUUAUGUAUUUCUUUGUGCAUUUUUAAAAAAAGCUGGGGAGAAGGUUGUCGGGACAUAGCAGCAGCUGAUGCUUGUGUCCAAAAAAAACUUUUGUUUUUUUGGUGGAAUAUAAUGGAAACAAAACGUGUUUCUGGAAAAAAGAAAAAAAAAAGAUAAAAAAUGAAAAAAUGUAAAAAAUGAAAAAAUAUAUGAAUAUAUUUUUUUUUCUUAAGCAAUACAUUUCAGUGUGACUUGUGAUAGAACAUUUUCUUUUUUUAGGUAAUAAAUAAAUAAAAAACAAAAUGAGUACGU